CGUUCUGAAAGACUUCCGCUCACUGCUUCGCAACCCAAAGCCAAUUGUCGAUGCGCUCUCCACUCUAGCUGGAGUGGUUGUGACUGAAGGACCCACUGAGCCAGUGGUGGAGAUAACUACAGUGCAGACUCAAAAUGUGGUUCGAGACAUUGUCUUCCUUGUGGAUGGAUCAAACUACGUUGGCAGCAGUAACUUUCCCUAUGUGAGAGAUUUCAUCAUCAACGUGGUCAACCAGCUGGAUGUACGUCCUGACAGAGUCAGGAUUGGUCUCCUGCAGUUUGCUGAGAGCCAAAAGAUUGAAUUUCAUCUGAACAGCUAUAGCAGCAGGCAAGAUGUUGUCAAUCAAAUCUCUCAACUCAGGCUGACUGGAGGCUCAGUUUUGAAUACAGGAGCUGCCAUGAAUUAUGCCCUUAGCAAAAUGUUCCAGCCAUCAACUGGGUCACGUAGGAAGCAGGGAGUCCAGCAGGUGUUGGUUCUGAUCACAGGUGGUCCAGUCCAGGAUCAGGCUAAAAAUGCAGCUGAUAAAUUGGCUCUUGCUGGUGUUUUGACCUUCACAGUCAGUUCUGGAGAAGCAGAUGAAGGCCUAAUGAAAUCAGUUGCCUUUGUUGAAGAUUUGGCUUACCAUGAAACAAGCUUCUCAAAUGUGCCAGCUCUGGCUGGACAAAUAAUGCCGAAGUUGAUAACAGUGGUUGGCGAUACAGAUGUGACAGAAACAUUCCCUGAGGAAACUGCUUUUGUUGCUGGAGCUGAGAGAGAUGUUGCCUUUCUCAUCGAUGGCACAGAAAAUGUCAGAAGAGAUUUUGCCUACAUCUGAGAUUUUAUCCUUAAAGUCAUUGAACCACUUUGUAUUGGGAUUGUAUUUUCCUCCUUUGCAUCCAAAGCCAAACUAUUUUUUAAAAUGUAAAUGUUUGAGUGUUUGUCACUUGUGGUAAAAAUAUAACUGAACAAGACCGGUGGGCAGACAAAAAGGGUUGCUUUGGUAUUUUUUACGGAGCAGCCACAAACACAAUAUAAUCAUCGCAGUCAAAAUGUCACCAGCUUUCAAUAGUAGGCCCUUUAUGUAGCCAGCAGCCUGAUGCAGGUUAUUGAAUGUCGAACAGCUCGACUCACAGCGUGUACCCGCCCUUCCACUACCAUCCAGUCACAUCUCUGAGCUUCUUUCUGCUUCAUAUAGUCAGUCACUGGUUGGCUCUUGUGCACACACACUUAAUUGCUGAGACUUGUUGAGGAAAUGGGACAGCGGGCACUCAAAGCGGUGUUAGCAGGAGAUACUGAACACACUGGGGAGACGCUGCUUCACUGUUUACAAAGCUUUCAAAUGUUUGUAAGGAAAUAUAAAGAACUGUAAUCUUUGUGCAAUAAAAGUUCAAGCCAUAUUGGUAACUGCA